UCAUGAUCUGCUCUUCAGAAUUUUAGUUUUGUUUGCGCAUCCUCGUCUGUUUAUCUUUUCCAAGAACCAUCUUAUUUUGGAUAGGUAUCCCACCAUUGAGUCCACCUUGGAUUUCUAUAUGAUCUUAUCAAAACAAAGAUUAAAUAUUAUUUUAAUGAAUCUCGUGUUAAAAUUGUACUCUACAAACCCACAGAUCGGAGAACAAGAACAUGUAUUUUUCUUGGCAAGUUCCGGCACACACUGGAACUAUUACAAAUAGGGAAUGCAAAGAACCGAUCAGAGCAAGAAAUCACGCAUGGCAAACCUGAUAAGCAACAUUUUCUACGCUGUAAUUUCAUGCUUAACACUUCCCAAUUCAGCUACCUUGUACGCUGCUCGAGCCAAGAGUAAUCACAAGCUAUUGUUUGUUUUUGGAGACUCACUCUUUGAUCCUGGAAAUAAUAUAUACCUGGAUCCUACCGAACACAUCCCUUCUUAUUUCUACCCUUAUGGAAUGAGCUUGAAAAAUCAUUCCACUGGGAGAUUUUCUGAUGGCCUUGUUGUUCCUGAUUAUAUAGCUUUAUCUGCAAAGUUGCACAUAAUUCCACCAUUCCUUAAACCGAAUUCAAAUUUUGUUGAUGGAGCGAGUUUUGCUUCAGCUGGGGCAGGUGCUCUUGAAAUUCAUGCUAAUGCGAUGAACCUCAAAAUGCAGAUAACAAACUUGAUGAGAGUUCUUAAAUCAAUGACAGAGAAUCUGGGUCACAGAGAGGCCAGGAACCUGAUAAAGGGGUCCGUUUACUUGUUUAGCUUAGGAGGAGAUGAUUAUUUUAACUUUGCUACAAAUUAUCCCAAUGCUACAGAUGUUGAGAUGGAAAAUUUUGUUAGUCUGGUAAUUGGGAAUUUGACAAAGGGGCUAAAGGAUAUAUAUGCAGCAGGAGGAAGGAAAUUUGCAUUUCAGAAUGUAGCACCCAUUGGUUGUCUUCCUAUGAUGAAGCAAACUUACAACCUUAAACCUAGUCAAUGUGCUCAAAAACCCCUGCAAUUGGCAAGAGAACACAACAAUGCCUUGUCUAAUGCCUUGGAAAAACUUGAAAGCAACCUCAAAGGUUUUAAAUACUCUAUUUUUGAUUACUUCACUGAGAUUGGCAACAUGAUAGAUAACCCUUCUAAGUAUGGCUUCAAGGUGGGGAAAGUAGCAUGUUGUGGAAGUGGGGCAUACAGGGGAUCUGAUUGUGGAACAGAACCUUAUGAGCUAUGCAAUAAUCCAAAUGAGUACGUGUUCUUUGAUGGUGGCCAUACUACUCAACAUACAAAUUUCAGAUUAUCUCAGUUGAUGUGGAAUGGAAAAGCUAAUGUCACCUGGCCUUAUAAUGUACACCAACUAUUUCAACUUCCAUAACUGGAAAUCUUGUGACCCAUCAACAUUUCCUUGAUGAUCAUGUGAUUAUUUCCACUUAAUAAACCAAGGGUUCCAAGCUCUUGGAACUGAUGUUGUACCAUGUUUUACCCUCAAAUAAAGGAAUAAUAGCUCUAA